AUGCAACGACGCCAGGCCUCCAAGCAGAGAUUCGUCACAGAGCUCUCCCAAUGCCUCUUCGAUUUCGUGAUCCAGCUCUUGCCCACCCAGGAGGAGAUGGCCGUGAAGGAGGACGUCAGGAAGCUUCUUGAACGUCUUAUUCGCACCAUAGAGCCUGACAGUCGGUUACUGUCGUUCGGGAGCACGGCCAACGGUUUCAGUCUGAGGAAUUCGGACAUGGACCUAUGUUGCCUCAUCGACUCUGAAGAACGCCUGUCCGCGACAGAUCUCGUAACUAUGUUGGGAGACCUACUAGAACGAGAAACGAAGUUCCACGUCAAGCCGCUGCCUCAUGCCCGUAUACCAAUCGUGAAACUCUCACUCGAUCCUUCUCCCGGUCUUCCGUUAGGGAUUGCCUGUGACAUCGGCUUCGAAAAUCGGCUAGCGCUGGAGAACACCCGUCUUCUUAUGUGCUAUGCCAUGAUCGACCCGACGCGUGUUAGAACAAUGGUUCUCUUUCUCAAAGUAUGGAGCAAGAGAAGGAAAAUCAACUCUCCCUACAAAGGAACCCUUUCAUCUUAUGGCUACGUGCUUCUUGUAAUUUAUUUCCUUGUUCAUGUCAAAAACCCGCCGGUAUUGCCUAAUCUACAACAAAUGCCUCCACUACGCCCUAUAUCAAAGGAGGAUACCCAUCUGAACGGACAUAAUAUAUGGUUCUUCGAUGACAUCGAUCUAUUGCGCCAACGUUGGCAUUCCGAAAACCUUGAGACUGUAGCUGAACUAUUAAUAGACUUUUUCCGAUAUUAUUCCCGCGAUUUCGCUUACAAUACGGGUGUGGCGUCAAUACGGGCAGGGUUGCUCAAAAAAGACUCCAAAGGUUGGCUGGGCGAGUCGUCUGGACGGUAUGGCGAUGCUCGAGAGCGGAAUAGGCUCUGCAUAGAAGACCCUUUCGAGACAGAUUAUAACGUCGCGCGUUGCGUGACUAAGGAUGGGCUCUACACUAUCCGAGGAGAGUUUAUGCGUGCAGCCCGAAUACUUGCGACUAGACCCGAAAGAGCCAUCGUUGCCUUGGCUGAGCUCUGCGAAGAAAGGAAGGACGAAGAGCUUGUUCCCGCGCCUCCUUAUCACAGACCCGCUCCUAUCCCCCCUCAAACUCCUUACACAGUUGGGAACCAGAGUCUUCGACCAAAGAAUGCUGAACGGUUCUCGCCUCCUGCACAGUUCUUUGAACCUGGACUUCGCCAAGUGGUUCAGCCCGCCACAAUACGGCCUCCACCCGAUCACAUGGCUCCGAAGCGAGGAAAAUGGACAAGCCCUCCUCCUCCUGAGGCACCAUCGGCGGACCAUACCCAGUUUGAAAAUCAGCUUGGUAUGGUGUUACAGCUUGCAACGGCCGCAACGGCCGCAAGGGAGAAAGAAACGUCGUAUAACUCCUCAGAGAGCAAUAGCGAGAUCUUUACAGAUGAUGGGUCAGAUCUUGCUGACGAAGAUAUCAAGUCGGUCCGAUCUUACACGGAACAGUCAUCACCAGUUGUUCCAGGAGUUACACGUCGACCAUCAUGGCACACACAUGAUACGGCCAGACCGCAAUCCGUAUUCAACCCGCUUUCGUCUGGAUCUGGCACCUCUUCUCGAUCCUCCUCCUCUGCAAGAGGCAGGUUCCCUCGGCUUUCGGACAGGAUUGACUUACCUGCUGGGUACCGGCCACCACCUGAAUUCAUUCCUUCAUCAGCUCGGUCAGAGUUCAAUCGGCGGUCUACUUCAGGCCCUCCUCGAUCUCUUAAGACCCAAUCAUUAUCGUCUAAUACCCCAUUUGCUAUCGCUACACCACUUCCUCCAUCGCCGCAAUCACAAUCGCAAUCACCCAUCGACCCAAGACUCGUAAACGAGCCACCAAGUGUAUAUUAUCAAACUGCUACUACAAGGUCGCCCCAGCCCACGGCCAUAUACCCCAAUUCCGGAACGCAAUCAUCUUUUUUGUCUCAAUAUCAACAGCCUCAGCCACAAGCAGGGUACAUGGGUGCUACUCCGAACGAUGUCUUCCCAGCGAACCUUCCGCCCUCUUUGUCUUCUUUGAACCCUCGUGGAAGGAAUUCGUUCAAUGGGGGCCCAGAAACCCCUACACCUGCUACGUACCAUAGUCAUCUCACGCAUUCCCACUCGCUUUCAAACACCAGCACUAUCUUGGCUCUGACGCCACCACCACAUACCACUAAUUUCCCUCACUCUCACCACUUCCAGUUGAACGCAGGUUCUUCAUCUUCGCCUUUGGUACCACAGGAAUCUCAAUCUCAACACACUGUAACACCACAACUAUCUACGCCACUUUCAUCACCUCUCGCUGUCGAUCUUCCGCAGCAAUCGCAAUCGCCACGACCCGACACGAAAUCAAGUUCAAUAGGCUCCUCACCGUCUGCUGGGCUGCAUGUGUCUGAGCCCGAAAUUCAAGUGCGGCUCAAGGAAGGUUCAGAAGGAAGUAACCAUCCUCCAAUAUCUGCCCACACCACCACAACCACCAACAAUAACGAUGACAACAGCAUCCCUCAUCCUCAUUCGUCCAAUAACUCGCCGAUACCUUCAGCCUCUUCUGGCGGUUACAUGACAUCAAUAUCGCGCUCGCCAUCACCUUCUCCACCUCCUACGGCUAUGCCGUUAGCACCAAAGAAGCAGAAUGGAGCUGCUGAACAUCAGGGCGAAGGAGAAGUUAACUUGAAGGAAGGGCUACAGGCUUCAUUCUCCACCUUGACGAUUGGGAAUGGAAAUGGACACGGAAAGGGCCACACGCGAGGCAAUUCAGACGACUCCAUGGAAGGCGUCAGCAGCAUCAGCUUCGGUAGUGGUAUUGACGUGUCUUGCCUUCCUAGUGGGUGCGUUGCUGCUGCUCUGGAGAGGGCAAGUGAGCAGAAGAUAGAGCAAGCACGAUAG